UCAUUUGGGCGCAGAGUGUUCCUACGACAUCCAUGACUUGCGCUAUUUUCUAAUUUUGCUCAUUAGGUGGAAAGAACUGGAAUCCGAGCGAUAUCAGUGCCACAGGUGUUACUGUAAGAGAUCGGAGCAUAUGCCCGAAGGAUACGAAGGUAUCAUGGAUUUGAAAGGGUUGAGAAUGCGGAAAGAGGAGCUAGGGCAUUAGACGACAGCGAGUGUUUGCUUGCGAUUCAAGCUCACUCUGCAGAGCAGUCGCUGGUCUGAUUUACCAAAAUACGUUUGUCCUCACGGCAUAUCAGCGUAGUGCUACUUAGGGGCUACUCAGAAGCAGAGCCCGCAGCAAUGCGGUUCUGUACAACCAUUUCUACGACACUGACACCGGUUGUGCACUCGGACAACCACUCGAAGAAUGCACCUCGAGACUGGGACUAACGAGGUUCUUGAUUCCUCCAGUUCCAGGAUUGGCGUAGCAUCCCAAUGCAGAAUGCCCUUGGAUAUUGUCUCCAACGAAAUUACUGGGAGUAGCCAACACUCGGGGUCUCUCGUUAUUGGUACUACGCAGUAUCUGCCCUGGGCGUCUCUAAUGCUGUCAGUAGAAUAUUACCUUGCUGGAGCUCACGCGUUUCUCCGUCAAGGCUCCAUCGUUCCCUCUUCGGUGGAAUUGGCGGUAGAGGGACAUGAAACGGGCAAAAUAAGGCGGGCGUCAAGCAUGAGAUUGACUCACGUGCUGCAUACUCGUUGGGCCGCUGUUCCGUUGUGUUAUCUACUGCAAGAUCAUCCAGUCACCUGGUGCGCUCGACCCUCAAGCAUCAAUUUACUAGUAUGUUGUAUGCACUUUGGUCGAGGCAAGGUGGAGCAUCAUGUGGUUGAGCACAUGCGUUAUUCACCAAACUCUCCCUUAACGCUGACACCCGACCAAUUCUGUUUGUUAGAGCUUCUGGGGCUAUGAGCAAUUGGCAAAUGAUCCUGCAGUCUGUAGACCAGACGCUUUCUAUUACCAAGGCUUUACUGGCACUU